AUGUUGACAUCGGAUCUGCUGAAGAACAAGUUCAACCGGAUCAGCGCGAAGACACUGAGUAUCGGCGGCAGGGACUAUCUGCUGGGGCGCGCCGAGCGCAACAUCAAGUUCUCCGAAGCGUUUCCAUACAACCCUCUCAGUGGACAAAGAUGCUUUCGAUUACUGCGCAUACGCCCUGCCUCCCUCGCCGACGUACUCGCGGUCGACUUGUUCGAGGCCAAUCUCGAUGAUCGGCCAAUAUAUGAAGCGCUUUCGUACUCGUGGAACCUCAACCCCACGUACAGCCUGACAAAGCUAGCAUAUGUCGACGACCAGAAGCAUGAAGAGCGGCCCAUCCUGUGCAAUGAAAAGACCUUGCACAUUACCAUGAAUUUAUAUCAAGCACUAUUGGAAUUCCGAGGCAUGAACCUGGAGUUGCCCAUCUGGGCUGACCAGAUCUGCAUCAAUCAGCAAGAUGCUGCAGAGAAAAUCUCCCAACUCAAAAUCAUGACCCAGAUUUACACGUCUGCUUCUGCCGUGGUCAUAUGGCUCGGAGCGCUGAAUCGGACGAGGAGCUUUGCACUCGAUUUUAUGGAAACGCUGACCGACGAUCCCACUGCUCACGCCACAGCAGAGAAAACGCGAUCGUCGGUCCCCGCUGCCUCAGCCUCGCUGCUGAACAAGAUCAACACCUCUUUCGAGCUCCUAGCUUUCAUCUCGGGCUCUUCGUUGCAGAAUGCUCGCUGGAUGGCAACAAUGCGCGUUUUCCAAAAAGAGUGGUUCAAGAGGAUUUGGACACUGCAAGAAUUCCUUCUCUCGAAGCAAUUUCGCAUCAUGAUGGGGAAUCGAGAAGUGAGCCCUGCAAUGCUCGUGCGGGCCGCUGGCCAAUGUAUAACAUUCUUUGAAACAAAUACUCUCGCAGUUCAUGCUGGCUGGAAUCAAGCAUUCGAACACUUGAAGAGCGUCAUCGAGCAGAGGGUGGGUCUAUUCGAAGAGCGUGUUCAUUUCCAGAACGGCAAACGCGAUACGGCCGAGCAGUAUCUCAUCAGGGCUAGGACAAGGGCUGCCACAGUGCCCAAAGACAAAGUCUUUGCAGGGGCCGCGCUCUUGCGUGGCGGCGCACCGGAGUCAGUGUCAUACUCGUCGCCGACCUCGGAAAUCUACUACGCAUUCGCGGCCGAACGAUUGUGGCCCGAGAUAGGCAUAGAUGGACUUUCACUGGUGGGCGGCGCGUAUUCGAACGUUGAAGGCUUGCGAUCUUGGGUCCCCGAUCUCAGUACAGAGCUACGGCCAAGAGCAUUGCGAAUUUGUCGAUGCUCGCAAUUCUCUGCGCCAUUUCAUUCCGCAGCAAAUGACUACACUAUCGAGGGCAAGACAGUCCGCCUGAAAGGUGCGAAAUGGGACAGCGUGGACAAGAUUGGAGAGUCAAUUUGGAGCUGGAUUAAUUGGAAUAGCGUUGAGGAAAUGGCGUACAACUCGGUACCGGCAUCCAAGAUGGUUACCUCGAUGACAGCUGCACAAGAGCGCUUUGGAAUGAUGUUCGCAUUGCUCGAUGACCUGGGCACCACCUACAAACCCACCGGCGAACGAACUAUGACUGCAUUUUGGAAAACCCUUCUCGGCGGCGCCCACGCGGCAAGCAAAGAAAGCGAUGCGAUAUGGCAAUCUCGAUUCUUCCAUUACUUUGCGUUUAUAUAUCUCAUGAUGAAAUCUUACCUGGCGUGGAAGCGAGAUAGCUCCAGUUCAGCCCAAAAGCCCUGGAUAGUGUCGCAGAUCCAAGACUUGCCACACAUGGAAGAACGAGUCACGCAUUUCCUCGACGUCAAUGACGCGAACGACGUAUUGCUCGAAGUUGAAGAUGUCCAGUAUAUGUCAUUGAAGCGCAUCAUAUCCUCCCUUUCCCAGAGCAUCUGGGGCGCCGAUAACGCAAAAGACGCGAAUGUGUGGAAUGAAGUGUUUGGCGCAGUCGGUCGAAGCGACGACAUUUACGAACCGAUCAGCGUCUUCGGAGAUUUGUUCAAGAUAGUCUACGAAGGACGACGGAUCUUCACUUCCACGAACGGGUUCUUGGGCAUUAGCUCAGAGGGUGCCCAAGCCGGCGAUUUAGUCUACUUGAUCGCAGGCGCUGAUGUGCCGUUCUUGAUCAGACCAGUCGCUGGCGCUGAAGCGACAUUCACGAUUAUUGGCGAGGCAUAUGUGCAUGGUCUAAUGGGAGGAGAUGCCAUUAAGGAGACCGAGUUGGUGUUCGAGUCCUUGCAGAUUGUCUGA